GCUCGUUACUGCUUGUUGUUUCUAGCCUAAUCAUAGCACAUUCUCUUCCAACGACAUACCAUUCCCAGUUCAGAACACUCAAAUCAGCAUAAUGUCUAAGAUUUUCUCCACCGCCCUUCUUGUCUCAUGCGCGGCAGCGCAACUGACCACUUCGGCAUGGAUGGCGGGCACCGGAAGCAACAGCCUUUCGUAUGCUGCCUCCGUAAUCACUGUUGAAAAUGAUAGUACUACAAUGUCUAUUGACGUUAAGGGCAUGACCGAAGAUCUAGGUGCGGUAGGCGAGAUAGGCCAGACGGUCACUCUUGCAGGCAACACCUUCUACGGAGUCAAUGCUGUGGCUGAGAAUGAAGGCGUGACUGUGACCAUUGUGGGCCAAUGCACACGCAAGAACACCGAUGAUCAGGAGGCUACAUGCACUAUGUCGACAAAGGGUCUCGACGCCGCCAUCAGCUCAGCCUGUGCAGACGCCGAUUCUGACGACGAGUUGUGCAGUGCGGGAGCUCUUGACACGAGUACGACCACAACACUGCCAGACGGCUACUUCAAUAUGGUUCCAUUUGUCGUUACGGCUGGCGAGAACCUGCUCCCCAGCGCUUCUGCAGCUGCUACACCUUCUGCCGGCAGUGCCUCCCUUACCUCUUCCAACUCCGCCAAGCCCACUUCUUCGGGCUCAGAGGAGGCUGCUAGCUCUGGAGCUUCCCGCACUUCCCAGGGUUCAUCAGCAGCCCCAGAGGCUACCAACGCUGCGCCGUUGAUGACCAUGGUUCCUGCUUUGGCUGGUCUCGGUGCCGCUGCCGCUUUCUUCUUGUAAACGUUCUUGGAGGAGACGUAUCGUCUUGCUUCAAAAACCCUGAGUAGCUUUCCGCGUCACGAAUCCGUCAUCAGCACAAAGUGCCUAAAAUCUAUCAUACCCAGUCAUUACUCUUUUUUAAUGAUAUAAAUUCUCACGCUGUUUUGAAACUACUCUCAGCCAUAAAGGAUUGUGCCUUCAAUUAGAAAACUUUUCCUGAAAUCUUGAUCUUUCGUCUCAUCGUUCGAGGCAAACCAGCCU